AUGGACACCACCCCCUCAGCAAGCUCCUCGCCAUCUUCUUCUUCGGUGCCUCCCUCGGAUCCUGCCGAAACCUUCAAGAUCAGCAAUCAAAUGGAACUCGAAGCAAAGGAAGCUCUGUUGUCUGACCUUGACGCUGAAAUCGAGCUGGUGACGGAGAAGAUCCAUGAUGAUUCCUCUCGGGGCCCUGAGACGACGGCGAGCUCCAAGCCCGAUGGAUCGGCGGUUGUCAAGGAUGAUGACUUUCACCAAGUGAUGAUGCGUAUGACCAAAUCAGCCUGGGAUCGAACACACGACGCUCCUGAGUCUCGAUCACCGCAUCGUCGUGUAGCCCCCAGCGCUCCCUCCAACCUUCGCGAAAGAUUCUCUAGCUCAACAUCCCGACACGAAGAGACACAAAGGUUGUUGACAGAAUCUUCUCUCGAGACUGACUCUCUUGUGGGUCAGCAGGCUGCGAUGGAUCAGAUGGUCCAAUCUAGAGCACAGGCCUACAGAGAGGUGUAUACUCAGCUACAAGUGCUGGAGAGUGACAGUGUCGGCGUUCCAACUGGUCCGUCUGAGACGGAUGGUGAGGAAGAAAACGAGCAAUAA